UUGCGGUUGAUACAUUAUUAAUCAAUCUUCCAAGUCCCACCCACCGUUAUUACCCCGUUCCUACCUCAAGACUUGCACUAGUAUAUAUAACAUCAUCUCUCUAAGUAUGCCAUUUCAAAAAUCAAUACCAACUCCACGAUAUAUCUCUCUCUAGAUCUCACUUCAAAUAUAAAGCAUUAAAUAUCAGCUGACUAUAAACUAUAAAGUAAUUAACCGAAUCCAAACUAAAUCAAGCAUUAUUAAUAUAAAUGGAAGUCGUCGCAGCUGUAUCUUUUCUGGCCGUGUUAUUGGCUCUGGUUUCCCCUGCCUUCGCCAAUGAUCCUGAUAUGCUCCAAGAUGUUUGUGUCGCUGAUUCCACCUCUGGAGUGAAAUUGAAUGGAUUUGCAUGCAAGGAUGCAGCAAGCAUUACACCAGAAGACUUCUUCUUUGCUGGAAUAUCCAAACCCGGAAUGACAAACAAUACAAUGAAAUCCCUAGUAACCGGAGCUAACGUCGAAAAGAUACCGGGUUUAAACACACUCGGAGUGUCCAUGGGUCGUAUCGACUUCGGCCCAGGUGGUCUUAACCCACCUCACACUCACCCACGAGCCACAGAAAUGGUCUUUGUGUUAUAUGGAGAAUUGGAUGUUGGUUUCCUAACUACUUCUAAUAAGCUCAUUUCUAAGCAUAUUAAAACUGGUGAAACUUUUGUUUUUCCUAGAGGGUUAGUCCACUUUCAGAAAAAUAAUGGGGAUAAACCUGCUGCUUUCACUAGUAUGGAAUUGACUUUUAGCAACGCACCAAAAUAGCCUACUGCAACGCUAUAAAGCGUCGCCAGCACUUUUACAAGCGCACUAAGAAGUGCUCCUCUUGCCUGUGUCGCUACACCCUGUAGCUACGCUUUAUUUCUGCGUCGGUAUAGCUAGGAUAAAUGCGUCGCUAGUUCGAAACGCUUUUAAGAACGCUCCUGGGACACUUUAUUAGCGUUGUAAUAAGGUAGCUACGCUCCUAAAGCGUUGAACAAGAUCUGAUACAAUUUACUAUUUUCUUUA